GCCACUACUUCACUCUCGCGAGAUUUCGUUCAGGAAGUGAGCAGCGAAGUGCUCCACGCACGUUGUUUGGAUGGUGUCACACAACACUCAUGGCGGGACGACUGAAGAAACAAGCGAAAGAUGCCUUAAAGAUUAUAGGAUGUGGCAGUGCCCUGUUCCUGGGAUACCUCACAGCCUCCGGAGACGAGCGUUUCUAUGCCAGUGCACUCAUGCCUGUGCUGCAGAGGUUUGUGGGAGCAGAGAUGGCUCAUGUCAUGGCCGUUCGGGUGAUUGGUCUUGGACUUGUGCCUUACAACAACUACAAGGACCCGGCCUCACUGGAAGUGCAUGUGAUGGGUCGAAAGUUCCAGAACCCAGUCGGGUUAGCAGCAGGCUUUGACAAGCAUGGCGAGGCAGUGGAUGGCCUCUAUAGAUUGGGCUUUGGUUUCGUGGAGGUGGGAACCGUAACCCCAAAGGCACAGGAUGGCAACCCAAAGCCACGGGUAUUUAGACUGGAGUCGGACCAAGCUGUCAUCAACAGAUAUGGAUUCAAUAGUUGUGGUCUUUCUGCAGUGCAAGAAAGGUUAAAAGCCAGGAAGAAUAUCCAGUCAGAACUAACAAAAGCAGGUAGACCUCUUGGCAUCAAUCUGGGGAAGAACAAGCUUUCUACAGACGCAGUGUCAGAUUAUGUGGAGGGAGUGAGGACACUGGGCCCUCUCGCUGACUACCUAGUAGUUAAUGUUAGCAGCCCCAACACUCCUGGCCUUAGAGACCUACAGGGCAAGGAAGAACUGCGCCACCUUCUGGUCAAGGUGCUUAAGGAGCGGGAUUCGCUGCGGCGUGAGGACCGGCCGCCUGUGCUGGUGAAGAUUGCGCCGGAUCUUUCGACACGAGACAAGCAAGACGUUGCUGAGGUCGUCAUGGAGGUCGGAGUUGAUGGUUUGAUGGUUUCCAACACUACUGUUUCCAGACCAGACACUUUGAAAGACCCAAAUAAACAUGAGAUAGGGGGCCUCAGUGGUCAACCUCUGAAAGAGCUGUCCACUCAAACGGUGCGAGAGAUGUACACAUUGACACAAGGGCAGUUACCCAUUGUUGGAGUUGGUGGAGUAGCCAGCGGGCAAGAUGCCCUUGAUAAGAUUCGUGCAGGAGCUUCCCUGGUCCAGCUCUACACGGCUCUAGUAUACCUGGGUCCCCCAGUAGUCAAAAAGAUCAAAAGAGAACUGGAUGAUCUACUAAAGGCACAAGGUUUUACAUGUGUAGCAGAGGCAGUCGGUGCUGAUCAUAGAGCAACAGAGAAAACUGCAAAACCACAGACCUAAAAGGAAAGCUCAUGAGUAGAAAUGUGAACAUGAGUGGCUAACAUAUCUGAUAUUUCACGCCUAUGUAUAUGAACUUGAAUCAAUGUUGUGCACUGCUUAAGAUUUGUAUAAAAAAGUGAACCAA